AAAAAAAAUUUCUUUUUUUAAUUGACCAUAAAUAAUGGAUAUCGUUGGAAACGUGUUGCCAUAAGUUUUGAAAGACGAAGCUACUGAAGAUAAGGGAGAGAUGGCCAGAUUGUAAAGCUUUGUAGGAGCAAUUGCAGUUGCAGAUCUAGUAAAAACAACUCUUGGACCAAAAGGAAUGGAUAAAAUAUUGAAACCAACUGGACCAGGCUAAGAAAUGACUCAUAUCACUGUAACCAAUGAUGGUGCUACAAUUCUGAGGUCAAUGUAUGUGGAGAAUCCCGCAGCCAAGAUUCUUAUAGAAAUCAGCAAGACCUAGGAUGAGGAAGUAGGAGAUGGGACUACAACAGUUGCAGUAUUGGCAGGCGAAUUAUUGCGGGAAGGAGAGAAAUUAAUCUAAAAAAGAAUUCAUCCAUAACAUGUUAUUGCUGGUUGGAGAAUUGCUAGGGAUGUGGCCUUAAAGAGACUUAGAGAUAUUUCUAGUGAAAAUGAUAUCAAUUCUUAAGAAUUUCAUGAUGAUUUGGUUAAGAUUGCCAGAACUACAUUGAGUUCAAAGUUAAUCACUACAGAUAGAGAUUACUUUGCAGAUUUAUGUGUGAAAGCAGUACUUAGAUUAAAGGGAUCAUCCAAUUUGGACUAUAUUCAAAUAAUCAAACUUCCAGGAGGAACAAUAAGAGACUCUUAUUUGGAUGAUGGAUUCAUUUUGAAGAAAUAGAUAACCAUUGGAUGCAAGAGAAGAAUUGAAAAUGCUAAGAUUUUGGUGGCUAAUACUGCUAUGGAUUAUGAUAAAAUUAAAAUUUAUGGCACAAAAGUUAAAGUCAAUUCAAUGGAUAAAGUUGCAGAAAUAGAGGCUGCUGAAAAGGAAAAGAUGAAACAUAAAGUUGAUAAGAUUCUUAAAUAUUAACCAACAGUAUUUGUCAAUAGAUAAUUGAUUUACAAUUAUCCAGAAUAACUAUUGGCAGAUUCUGGAAUCACUGUUAUAGAACAUGCUGAUUUCGAAGGAAUGGAAAGAGUUGCUGCAGCCACAGGAGCUGAAAUCUUAUCAACAUUUGAUGCUCCAGAAAGAUCAGCAUAAGUCUUAGGUCACUGUGAUUUAAUUGAAGAAAUUAUGAUUGGAGAAGAAAAAAUGAUUAAAUUUUCAGGAUGCAAGAAAAAUGAAGCAUGCACCAUUGUGUUAAGAGGAGCUAGUACACAUAUUUUGGAUGAAGUGGAUAGAUCAAUCCAUGAUGCUUUAUGUGUUUUAAUUACUACAGUCAAAAACAGAAGAGUUGUUUGGGGAGGUGGUAAUUCAGAAAUGCAAAUGGCAGCUGCUUGUGAAGAGGAAGCCAAAAAAGUAUAAGGAAAAUAAGCAUUUGCAAUUGAAGCUUUUGCUAGAGCUUUGAGAUAGAUUCCAACUAUUAUUUGCGAUAAUGGAGGUUAUGACUCUGCUGAAUUAAUCUAAAAUUUCAAAGUUGAAUUAUAAAAAGGCAAUUAAAUUUGUGGUUUAAAUAUGACUGACGGAACAAUUGGAAACAUGAGUGAAUUAGGUGUUAAAGAAUGUUUGAGGGUUAAAGAACAAGCAUUAAUGGCUGCCAGUGAAGCAGCUGAAUUAAUUAUGAGAGUUGAUGAUAUUGUUAAAUGUGCACCAAGAAAGAGAGAAAGAGCAUGA